AAUCUUUUCCUUUACCAUUCCUUCAAAUAAUCUCUCCAAAGAAAAUGCCUUAAAAUAUAGAUCGAGAAUCUCUUUCUUUCUCUCUGAUUCCACGCCACCAAAAACAAAGUGAAGAGGAAGAAAAUAAAGAAAAGGGAAGAAAACAGAGAGAGAGGGCAAUGGAGGUGAUCAUGGGCGACAACCAUCAGCAGCUAUCUUCUCCAACCAUCUCCUCCAUUUCCUCCUCCGACCUCGAUACAGAGUCGACAGGAUCCUUUUUCCACGAGAAGACGACCACUCUGGGAACUCUUAUGGGCGUCCGCCCCCGCCUUCUCUCCCCUUCCGCCUCCUCCACCUCCGCCUCCAGGAGCAACGGGAAUGCGCACCUCAACCGGCAGCAGCAUGCCAACACCAAGAGCGGGAGGGGCGCCUCACCAAGAGGAGGAGCCCACACCAACCACCACUCUCGGCGGAGGAAGGGCCACACGUGGUGGUGGCGCCUCUGCAGGGACACCACCCACCACCCCCACACCGGAUCCCCGUCCAGGGUGGCCGCCGGCCACAGCAGCCGGUCCCUCGGCGACUUCCUGCAAGUCGAGCGCAGAUCCAUCGUGGAUGAGUACCUCGGCGGCGGUCGUGUCGGUGGCGGGCUCCUGUUCGUCGAUGGGAGGGUCGUACCUCCUUCUCAGCCGUCCAUCUCUGCCGCCCCUCCCCCGUCCGUUUCUCUCUCUUCCUCUUCCUCUUCCUCCAGGAUGCCUGUGUUUGGCAUCUGUAGCAGUAGCGGCAGAGGAGGAUAAAAUGGUCAUUUCUGGAAAAGUUUUAAACACAAAUGUUCCAUGCCAAUUGUUUACUGUAGAUUUUCUAACCUUUCUCUCUC